AUGCGGAAGAUACUGGAGUUCCGACCGUCCGUCGUCUGCCUUCAGGAGGUGGACAACGACCUGUACGAGGCUUUCUUCAGGAAGGAGUUGGUGAGUGCCAUCGGCGUCAGAUACAGAAAAAAAAGACCCAGAGCCGUUUCAUGCAGGGAUUGGAGAUGUCCCACAAUAGUCGCGCCAGAGGAAUCGCUGGGGUACUCAGGGGCCUACUGCCAGCGGAGCGGGGGAAAGUCGGACGGCUGCGCAACGUUCGUGCUGCGGCAGCAAGCGGCGCUGGUGGGGGAGGAAGGUGUAGCGUACAAGGUCCAGGGUCAUCCCGUGCUAGACCGGUUAGCGAGGACCUCGGGCGCCGACGGCGUCAUGAUAUGCGGCGACUUUAACAUGACGCCGGACAGUGCUCUGUACCACUACAUGGUCAAGGGGGCGGUGGACAUGGACGGCUUGAACCGGUUCAUGGUCAGCGGGCAGUGCGAGUCGAACCGCAACAUGUGCUACCAUCAGAGGAAGGAAACCAGCAACAGCGGCAUCUUGCCUCACCGGGAGCCGGACGCCAAGCACCAAGGGAGUGGGUGUUCGCUAGGGUCGUUUCUUCGCCCCCCGGUGUCCGCAGUGGCGACAACCGGAGGAAGGAGGCCGGCGGGACGUGGCGGGGGGGAUCGAAGAGAGAAAGGAAAGAGGCCCGCCCAAAGCCCCCCACCACCGGGGCUCCGCCACCCGCCACCGAGCGAGGAGUGCUCCAACCGCGACGACGCGCCUUCGACCUACGUCGUCGCCGGCGAUACCGCUUCAGCAGCAGCAGCCGCCGCCGCCGCCGCCGGCUACCGGUGCCCUCCCGGCGCUCCCCCCGGCACCCUCUUCGCCGUCCUGGACCCUUCCCCGUGCCGGUGCACCGCGGUGGAGCCGGCCGCCGGCGAGCGUCGGUCCGACGGCGGCGGCGGGAAAAGGAGCGCCACGGGCGGCGGGGACGGGGGCGGGCCCCAGGAGGCGUACGAUCCCCCGGUGCUGUGGCCUAGAAACGGGGACAAGCUGGCGUACAGGAGGGGCACGGGUCCCGUGGCCCACGGCCUGCGGCUCCGGAGCGCGUACGCGCAGCGGGGGGACUCCUGGGGCACGGGGGAGCCGGCCUUCAGCAGCUUCCACCACAUGUUCAAGGGAACGGUCGACUACAUAUUCUACGGCCAAUGCAUGCCUUCCGAAGAGGGGCCGCCCAACGCUGCACACCAUAACGUCCAAGACAAUCUUCCUCAAAGCGAGAAUCCGACGGCGGCGGAAGGAGCGCCGGUCGUGCUGGAGAGGGGGUGCCUGCGGUGCAUAGGCGUGGCGGAGCCCCCGUUGCGGUGCGACCUUGCCCGGUUCGGGGGACUGCCUUCUCCCGAGGAGCCUUCCGACCACAUCCUGCUGGCUGCAAGGUUCGAGGUCACACAGCCUCGCGGUGCUUCGUAG